CAUACCAUCAAAAUCAUAUUUUCUUUUUUGUUUUGCAGUCAAACUGGCAAGAUCCGGAUGCUGGUGUUUCCAGUGAUGUACCUUAAUGAGAGCGUCCUUAUUGACGAGGAAUCUGCCAAGAAGCUGUAUGCGGUUGUUACCGAGGCUAAUGUGAUCGUCAACAUCCCCUUCAUAGUGAUCAGUGUAGGCAUCUUACUGGGCGUCAUCUUCAUCGUGUUCAUGUGCCGACAGCAGAUGCCACCGAGCACCGAGGCCGAGCGUCAGCCCCUGCUUUCAUCGUAAACUCCCCAGACGUCAUGAUGAACCAGCAUGCAUUUAGACAUUGAGCUUGAUUUCUUUUUCACACGGCCAGAGUCGGUUCAAGGAGCAUCGGUGCAUGCGGCAGACGACUCAAAGUGCAAAGUUUGUCUCAGGUCACCUGGCCUCGGAUCCGGAUCUUUCAAACGUGUUUUUAAUGCAUUUAAUGCUUCAGAUGAUUGAUUGAGUAUCGCAGAACCAAAUAGCGCAGGCGUGUCCAAAUCAGAAAAAGAGUUUCAUGUCCUAAACUGAAUUAUAUAUCAGAAAACACUAAUAGAGACAGCAGACGUGAUGCAACACGUUACACAUCAGUGCUUGAGAUAUUGAUGUCACCUGUACACAUCACAACGAUAUUAAUACACGUAUGCAAUUGCAAUGAGCUCAUCUGACAAAUAAACUGACAGCGGUGCCAACUCAUGCUGAUUUCAGGACUAAUGUAAGUUUUAGUCUGCUUCACGUGAAUCUGAAAGUCAAUAAUGUGCCACACGCAUUUUAAAAUCACUAAAUCCUUUUUUAAUGGUUUUGGUGCCAUGAUGUAUUUACGCUUGUUUUCUCCUCUGCCAUAUAAGUGAUUUUCUUAGAUGCAAACCAAGAUUUUGAUGGUACAUUGGCUCAAAAAUGUUUUUAGAGUCAGCUAAUAACACUUUUACAAUAUUUCUGAAAGAAAUGGACCAUAAUCACUAAUUUAAACUCUGUUUGCAACUCUACAAUUUCUUGAAUAACCAGACACAACCUUGUUUUCAGUGUUCAGUAAAUGCAGUAUCAAGUGUUUCAUCAGUAUUACCACAGCAUUGAGAAGAUUCAUUUUCUUGAACGUUUCAGUUUCCUGAAUAUAUUUAAUGUUCAUUUUCAUGCACUGAUCGGUUAGUUUUUAUUUUUGUUUAUGUUUAAUAAACCUCAUGUCCUGCAUGGUUCAUUUCAUGUUUUAUUCUUGCAGGUGUUUGGUGGCAGUUCAUGGCUGGUUUGGUGUUUUUUUAGGUCUGAAAAGGGAAGAUUUGAGGGUUGCUAAUUUUGUUUCAGUGAAGUUCAGAAUAUCACUACAGUGCGUGAUGCCUGUGGGUUUGAUCUGAAACUGUGGUGUGAUUUCAGUUUCACUUCAGCUUGACCGCAAAUGUAUUUUUCCCAGGAUGGAAAUCUUAAUUAAAUCUCAUGAUUAUGAUGACUGUGAAAUGAUAAUGUGAACUGUGUUUAUGAAUUAAGACCCAGUGUUGAUGUUAGCUGACUGUUUUAGGUUUAAAAAAGGAAUGUUCAUGAUUGAUUCCAUUUUUAAAUUCAUUUUUUUAUGCAUUUAUUUCAUCAUGUGAGCAUUUUUAGUUUUUGUUUUCCUUCAAAAAAUACUGCACUAUCAAUGUAACAAAAAUAACGAGACAAACAAUAAAAUAAAAUAAAAAAGCAUGUUGCACCAUCUCACUUUACGUGUCUGAUAUUUACAAAAUAAAUACGUCCUGAUUCUUCUGGAAGCUGCAGCUGAUAAUGAAAUAGAUUUGCUACAGAUUCUUUUGCCAUGUGUGUUUGUAUUUUAUCAGAU